AUGGCGUCGCCGCUCUCCUCCGCGGACGGAACCCCGGAGACGGCGUCGACGCUGAAGACGAGCGCGGGCGGCGACGCCCCGGGCGAGCUCGCGACGCCGCGGUCGCCGUCGCAGCCGGCGUCGUGCGAUCAGCGCGCGGUCGUCGCCACGGACGAGAUCGACGCCCCGCACCUCGCGAGCCUCGUGGAGCAGUACCACGGACCGUGGCGGAAGCGCGGCGCGGGGCGACGCGCCGCGCUUGGCGGAGACGUUCUCGGGUUCAAGCAGGCGCGUCGCGCCGCGCCAGAUCCGCUACAGGAUCCCUCCCUCGCGCGCGCGCGCGCGUUCCCCGUCCGUCGCCCGCCUCGCGUCUCCGAACGCGGCCUCAUCUCGUCUCGUUCUCAUCUUCUUCUUUUUCUCUCCCUCCCUCCGCGUUCGUCGCGCGCGCAGACGCGACGGAUCUCGCUGACGCCGCAAGUGUACGCGCCCGCGAGCGACGACGCGACGAACGGCGCGUCGCCGAACGCCUCCCGGGAUGAUCCCCCGCCGCUCGCGUCCUCCUCCUCGGACGGCCGCGACGACGACGACGACGACGACGACGCGCUCGACGACGACGACGCGUCCGCGAAGCGUCGUCGCGCGUCCGCGCGCCCGGACGCGGUCGCGCGGCUGCCGCUCAUGCAGCUGUACGACCCGACGUACAAGGCCAAGGCGCGGAGCUCGCACGGCGUCGCGCCGCGCUCGCCGAACGUCGUCGGUCAUCACCCCAAAGGCGGCGGCGUCGUCGUCCCGAACGUCGGCGUCUCCGCCGCGUUCGCGGCCGCGAUGACCGUCGCGUCCUCGGACGCGCCGAUUAAGUUUAGCAUCCGCGUCGCGUCCAUCGCGUUCGAAGCCGGCGAGCUCGAGAUCGUCGAGGGGACGAUGUCGAUCGUGGACGUGUCGCAAGGGCAACGCAGGCGGCUGUCCGAGGAUCUCCACUUCGUGUGGCCGCCGCGGGACAAGAGCGACAAGGUGGAGGGCGCGUUCACAGUCCCGGCGAAGCUCGCGACGAACGGGAUGAAGGCGCUGAUCCAACUCACGCAUCGCACGCCCGCGGCGGGCGGGUUCGAUCCGAAAAUUUACACGCACAAGGUGGCUAAGCAGACCGCCGCGCACCUCGUGAAGGAGCACAAACGUCUGGAGAAGCUCGACGUUCCGCCGGGGAGCUUCGCGCACGACGUGGCGCCGCGAGGGAUCGUCGCGUGGACGGUGGUGCCCGUCGUUCGCCGCGGCGGCGGCGGCGUCGACGCGGGCGAACGCGUCGUCGAGAGCAUGUUUCGCGUGAAGGAGGCGUACAACGAGGCGACGCUGCUCGAGGCGGCGUACUCGUCCGCGCACGCGCUGAAGAGCCACAAGCCGAUACGGUGCAAAGUCGUCGUGGAGGUGACCCCGCUGAACACGCGCGAGGAGCGGUCCAAGGCGCAGGCGAGAAGAGAGAUGACGCGUCGGCCGCCGCCGCCGGCGCUGAGGAAUUUCGCGGUGAAGGGCUCCGACCCGCAGUGGUGGUGGGAGACGACCGCGGACGGCGACGGCGUCACCGGGGACGAUCUCAGCGGUUUAUCGCGCGACAUGUUCGUGUACGUGGACGCCGUGGGUUUCGGGAAAAAAAAGGACGCGCGCGUGAGGGUGCAACUCAGAGAGGACGACCUCGAGAUCGAGUCCGAGGGCGUCCCCGCGAUCGUCCGCGUCGGGAAACCGAUGGAGACGUUGGCGCACCAAGGAUCGACGUCGACGCCGCCGCCGCCGUUCGCGUCGAGCAGCGCGACGUUGACGUCGCCGGGGGCGCCCGCGGCGACGAGCGGAGAGCUCUCGCUCGAGCGCUCCGGAUGGACGCCGUCGUCGAUUGGAAAAUCCAAAGGCGGCGCGUGGUGCCACGAAGUCCGAGUGCGCCUGCCCGCGAGACUGAAGCCCGGGCACCACCUCGUGUUGAGCGUGUACGGGCGCGAACCCGAGAGCGGCGGGAUGUUUGGCGGCGCCCCCGGGAGCUCGAAGAUCACCCCGGAGACGGCGCUCGGGCACGCGGUGUUGCCGCUCGCGGCGGGGCCGGAGACGCUCGCCGCGGACGUCGCCGCCGCGCGGGAGUAUCAAUACGUCGUCGACGACGCGAGUCGCGGGGACGGCGGCGAAAAGGCGCACGUCUCGCCGACCGUCAACGGCGGCGAGCUCGCGCUGCCGGCGGUGAAGGAACUCCUGCCGAAGUAUUUACAGGCGAACGUGCGCCAGCACAUGCCGUACUGGGAGGACCGGAAGCCGUGCGUGAACGUCCGCUUGCGCCUGUGCAGCAACGUGCACACGUCGGACGCGAAGCUCGGGGCGCUGUACGCCGCCGUCGCGGCCGCCGCGGAGGCGGACGCGAAGCACGCGGUGGACGAACAAGUCGGCGGAGGCGGCGGCGCGCCUUGGAAGCGUUUUAACCGCGGGAGCAGCUUCGGGGGGGUCACGCCCGCGGCGAAGGCUGCGGUGAAAGCCGCCGCGAAGGAACUCGGCGCCGCGCUUCGCGAGGUAUCGCACGCGGACGGCGUCGAGCUCUUGAGGCACCUCCCCGCGGUGAUGCACGUCUUGUUGACGCUCAUCGCGGCGCCGCCGCCCGCGGUCGCGGAGGCGAUGGCCCAAGAGGCGGCGAAAGCCGCCGCGGCGGCGGCCGCGAAACUCGCCGCCGCCGCCGCGAGAGCGGAGGCGGACGCGCGCGCGAAAGCCGCGGAGCGAUGGCGCGCGGAAGCGAGCGGGAGCACGCCCGAGUUUUCCACCCCCGCGCCGCCGGCACACAGCCGGCACUCGUCCAGCGCGGACGAGCGCCUCGGCGCCUCGGCGUCGUCCGCGGCCGGGUCCUCGGAGGACGUCUCCGCGAUCGCGGCCGGGAGCGACGGCGGCGCGAGCGCGUCGGACGCGCCGACGCCGUCGCCGACGACGAACUUAAACGCCGCCGCGAAGGACGCGAGAGCGUCCCCGGCGUUCAGCGCCAGCGUGAAGAGCGAGACGCCCGGCACGCCCGCGUCGACGACGUCGCACAACACGUCGACGCCGGAUUUCCAAACCCCGCACCCGAUGAAAAACGGCCACGGCCACGGUCGCGGCGUGGCGCACUCCCCCGAUGUUGAGACCCCGACGCUGCCGACGUCGUCGCUGCCGUCGUCGCUGAAGCCGCCGUCGACGCCGCCGACGGCGUCCCCGGACGCGUCGUGCGGCUUGCGCGAACGCGCGUUCGCGUCGCUCCUCCGCGUCGCCGCGCGCGUGCAGAAGCUCGUCCCGGGCGGGCGAGGGAAGGACUCGCGGUCGCCGCCGCUCGCGGCGUUCGUCUCGCGCGUGUUCGACGACGCGCGGUGCACGAACGCGUGGAGAGACGCCGCGUGCGCGUUGCUCGACAAGACGUGGACGGACGGCGACGGCGACGGCGCCGGUGACGAGGACGCCGGCGACGAGAUCGCGAAAGACCCGAAGUCGAUCCCGACGCCGAUCUUCCCGACGCUCGCGAGCCUGUACGCGUCGACCCUGCGCGCGGAGACGUCGGACGGACAGCGCUACGCGGUCGUGGAUCAAGACGCGGAGGACGCGCGCGCGGUGAGCUGGUUCGUCCUCGGCCUCGUCGGAAGGAGCGUCUCGUUGGACGCGCGGCGGCGAUACGUCUCCGAACCUGAACCCGAACCCGCCGCCGCGGCGUCGACGACCGAUGAUAACGCGAAGGACGACGACGACGCGUACUCCCCGAGGUCGUCGCUCGACUUCGCCGCCGCGCCGUGCGGGCCCGCGAAGCCGUCGAGGGUGGACGAGCGCAUGCUCCCGUUGCGGGAUCUCGCGGACGCGAUCGGCGCGGAGAUGACGGCGUCGUCGGAUGAAAAAUACGGCAGCGUGGGGUCGUACCUCUCCCGCGGCCUCAACACCGGGUUCGCGUCCUUGUGCAGCGAGCUCAUGAACGUGGAAGGGCCGCCGAUCGAGGACGACGUCGACGACGCCGCGUCCGAUAGCUCGCUGUCGUCCACCUCCGAGGCCGCGGUGGAAGUCGCGAUCGCGAAGACGGAGGGCGCGUGGAGCAGGGUCGGGGACGGGAAGCACGGGAAAAGUUCCGCGCCGCUCGCGCCGCUCGCGUGCGAGCUCGCCGCCGCGCACGUGCGUCGGCUCACGACGAACGCCGCGGAAGCGGGCGCGGCGAGCGACGUCGCGUCCGUGCGGUCGCACCGCGCUGCGCUACUGUACGAAUUUUACGGCGCCGUCGCCGCGGCGCCGCGGUUCAUGUCCGUCACCGCCGCGACCGUGCGCGGCACCGGGUGGGCGUGGGAGGAUCUCGCGUCCGAGGAAGCCGCGGCGGCCGCCGCGGCCAUGGCGGACGAGCGCGAGACCGAGCGCGCGGGCCUGGACGACGAGCGCGAGUGCCUCGUCUCCGCGCUCGCGGCGGCGACGCUCUCGGGGCUUCGCUCGUCGGAUUCCAACCGUCGAAGCGGCGCGGCGAAAGCGCUCGCGUCCGCGCUCGCGCGCCACGCCUGGGACGCGCGCUUGCAGACCACCCCGGGGCGCGCCGCGGUGGCGGCGGUCCACGCGCCGCUGCUGCGCCUCGUCAUCGCGCACAGGCACGAGAUUCUCCCCGCGCUCGCGCCGGCGUCGAAACGCGAGGUGCUCGCCGCGGUGCUGUCGCUCGCGAGAGACGCGGACCAAGCGCAGCUGUGGACGUGGCUCGCGUCGGACCCGCGCGCGAGCGAGCACGGUACCGUGCGCCCGCCGCCGCGUUUGACGGCGUUUUUGUUCCUCCUGUGCGACGCCCUGGAGGCGUUCGAGCACGGCGCGGACGCGCUCGGGGAGGAGGAGGACGACAACGCCGGCGGCGCGCGAGGCGGUGGCGCGGACGGCGCCGCGGUGGAUCACCUGAGCACGGCGGCGACGCUCGCGACGCUCGCGCUCGUGCAGGCGGGGCAGGCGCACCUCGGGUGGCGCCUCGCCGCGCUGAACGACGACGCGAAGCCUCGAAAGCUUUCAAAGACGGUGAGCGGGUCCGUGUCCGUGUUCGCGAGGAUGACCAGGGCGGACCAGGAGAAGCAAGCGGCGAACGACGCGGCGGCGAAGGCGGCGGCGGUGGCCGCCGCCGCGGCGUCCCCGGCGCGCGUGUUCCUCGAGGGCACCCUCGGCGUGCUCCUCGCCGCGAUGCGUCGGCCGCAGUCUGUCACCGCGUGGCGCGCGAUGUCGCCUCUGAUUCGAAGGCUGCUGUGGAACCACCGAGCGUCGCUCCUCGCGCCGCUGAUUCCGAAGAAGAAGGACAAGGGCGCGGAGGACGCGACGCCGCCGGAGCCGUUUCCGCCGCCGCCGGCGAACGCGCCCGGGGAGAAGCCGUACCCGUUUCUCGAGAAGGCGUCCACGUGCUUGCUUCGAACCGCCGCGGAGACGCUCCCGGAGCUACGCGCGGAGGCGUCCUCGUGCGUCCGCGCGCUCCUCGAGGCUGCGCUCGACGCCGCCGGGUCCGUCACGGUGUUGCGCCCGAUGCUGACGUACGCGCUGUGCGCGGCGUUGUACUCCCCGCUCGGCGCCGCGGCGAGGCGCGGCGCGCUCGCGGGGGAGCUCAACGCGUUGCGUCUUCCCGACCCCGGGUCGUCGCACGCGGAGGGGUGGGAGACGGCGAGCGGGGCGACGGUCCAGGCGCUGGAGUCCGCGGAGGCGAGGCUGAGGGAGCUCGCGCGCGCGGCGACCGGACCGGACGCGAGCCCGGACGUCGAGAGCGUGAUCGAGAUGGAGACCGCCGUCGCCGCGGCGCUCUCGUGGGCGCCCGCGGCGCACUGCAAAGCGCUGCGUUCGCUGUCCGCGCGGCUCGAGAACGGGCAGCACUGGGUCGAAGCCGCGGAGGCGGCGGCGACGGCGGCGAGCGUCGCGAUGCAAGCUCUCGCGGCGGCGCAAGCGACCGCGGUCGGCGCGCCGUGCGUGUGGAACGACGUCGACGCGGAAAAGCUUCGCGGCGUGUGCGGAUCGCUGUCGCGAGACGGCCUCGCGUUUCCCGCAUCCCCGGCGGCGGCGGCGACGUCGUCGCGAUGCGGCGUCGAGGAAAUUUCCGAAGAAAAAGUCCUCGCGCACAUCGCGGAGAGCGUCCGUCUGUUCGUCCGCGGCGGCCACCUCGAAGCGGCGACGCGCGCGGCGAAAGUCGCGCUCCCGGCGUGGGAGCGACGCCGCGCGUUCGGCGACCUCGCGCGCGCGCACACCGGCAUCGCGGCCGUGUACCGGUCGCUUCACCAACUCCCACCCGCGGGCGCGUCCGGGUCUGGGAGCUUCGGGAUCCUCCCUCCGCCGCUCGGCCCGCCGCCGCCUCCGGCGACGUUCUACCGCGUCAAGCUCGUCGGCGACGCGUGGGGCAUCGAGGACCGUGGUCGGACGUGGGUGCACCGCGAGCCGCGCGAUCGCACGCUCGGGGACAUGACGCGGCGGCUGCAGAAGAGCCUCACCGCGGGGUUGCCGGAGGGCACGCCGGUGACGCCUCUGCCCGCGGGCGGGGACGCGCCGGCGGGCGCCGCGUGCGUGCAGAUCCAGGCUGUGGAGCCGGUGUACACGGUCCACGCGCAGAGCGGCGCCGACGGCGACGGCGACGACGACACCGGCGGCGGAUCAGGCGGGGGCGGGUUUCCCGCGUUUCCCACGACGAACGCGUUCAUCUACGACGUGCCGUUUGUGUCCGGGACGUUGGACGCGUUCGGCGGGUCCGGCCCCGUCGCGGCGCUGCGGACGCAGUGGCGCCGACGCACGACCGUGAACGUCGAGGGCCGGUUCCCCGGGCUCCGAGCGCGCCUUCAGGUGACGUCCGAGGCGGUGACCGAGAUGUCUCCGGCGUCGAGCGCGGCGGAGAUGUUGCGGUCGCAAGCGCGCGCCAUCGCCGCCGCCGCGGACGCGUGGGAGAGCACGACGCGCGUCGCGCAGUCCGGCGGCGGGACCGCCGCGGUCAUGGGCGGGUCCGGCGCGAACGCGGCCGCGGACGACGCCGCCGCGGCCGCCGCCGCGGCCGGGUCGCUGAGCGCGCUGCAGCGGUCGCUGCAAGGGUCGUUAUCCGCGGGCGUGAACGGCGGCGUGCCCACGAUUUGCGAGGCGUUUUUCCCGCCCGAUCCUAAGCAAGUGACGUGGCAGGACGACGGCAGCGGCGACGACGGCGAAGAGACGCGCGAGUCGCCGCCGCGGCAGGUGUCGUCGCCGCCCGCGUCGCCGUUCACGCUGAAACUCGCGAUGUCGGACGAGGAGCGCGAGGGAUUGCUCGAGGCACUCGAGCAUUUCUCGUCGACGUGCUCGCGCGCGGUGGAGGUGCACGGCGGCGCCGUGAGAGCGACCGCCGCGGAGGGGCGGAGCUCCAUGGAGCAGAUGCAAGGGAUGUUCGUGCGGUGUCUGUCGGAGAUUAAACGCGAGAUCGCCGCGAUCAGCGCGGCGGAUUCGAUCGAGCCCGCGGUGGAGUGA